AUGACUAACGACCCCUGGAACUCAAAUCGACACGCGCAAUCUCGUCCAGUGCGAGGCGAGCAGUGUGGACCCUGCACUUUGGAGGAGGGACGGAGGAGUAUUCCUGACCUGAUCGUGGAUGAUGGACCUGACCUGACGUAUCCACAGUCGAAUUCCUAUUCAAUGGUCGGGUCAGGUCAGAUCAGCUUUGAUCACUACUCUCAAUCGGCCACUGGCCCAAUGCCUGCGCUGGCCCCUGAGCAUAACAUCUGUUUGCACAUGGAGCGUACCUCAGGUCAAACUCAGCCUCCUGUCCUCCAAGGCUCCAAUGGCAGCGAGCCCUUGCCCGUCAACGAACAGCUACAGCUGGCCCGAGCCCAUUAUACACUAACAUCUCUCAUUUUGCAGUUGGAGUAUGCCUCAGGUCAGGUCGAGUUUGGCCUCAAGUCGUCCACUCGCAAGCUGCCAUUGCUCGACUUGAUUGCGGUCCUUGAAGCUUCGACUACACACGUCAGGUCAGCUCAGGUCAGAAAGAGAACCAACGGUCGGCUGAACCACCACCUCCACCACAAUACAAAGAUUCGAUGCGCGCCGAACCUAAUCAAUGACCUGAAUCUAUUCCAAAAACUCCAUCCUGAAGCGCGAGCAUCCUUCCUCUCUCCCUCACCUGGGAAUCACAUAUUGCCCAGGCAGGCCCCUCCACGCUACGCGACGCGCGCCUCCAGUCACUCGAUCCAAGAGCAACAUGUACUCCGUACGCUCGGAGCCCGCAAACAUCACGUAUCCAAGAGAACACAAACGCAAAACCGCACCGCACUCCUCGACCCCGCAAUGCGCUGCACUGCACCGCGCGCCGCAGUCAGCAGCCAGCAGGCAGCGUACGGCAGCAUCUCUAGCAGCUGCCAUCCUCGCACGGGGGUACGGGUUGCAGCACGCACCACCCUUCACCUGUCAUCACGUCACAUCACGGCCUCCUUCACCUCGGUCAAGCCAAAUUGCGUCCGCAGCUCUAUAGCCGUGGAUGUGCUGCGUCUGCAACGCUCGAGACAUGACCUGUAUGCACCUCAUCAUAAAUGGACAUAA